AGCAGAGGAUCAAUGCGGUUCAAGAAUCGAUUCCAGCGGUUCAUGAACCAUCGAGCUCCAGCCAAUGGCCGCUACAAGCCAACUUGCUAUGAACAUGCUGCUAACUGUUACACACACGCAUUCCUCAUUGUUCCGGCCAUCGUGGGCAGUGCCCUCCUCCAUCGGCUGUCUGAUGACUGCUGGGAAAAGAUAACAGCAUGGAUUUAUGGAAUGGGACUCUGUGCCCUCUUCAUCGUUUCUACAGUAUUUCACAUUGUAUCGUGGAAAAAGAGCCACUUAAGGACAGUGGAGCAUUGUUUUCACAUGUGUGAUAGAAUGGUUAUCUAUUUCUUCAUUGCUGCUUCUUAUGCUCCAUGGUUAAAUCUUCGUGAACUUGGACCCCUGGCAUCUCACAUGCGUUGGUUUAUCUGGCUCAUGGCAGCUGGAGGAACCAUUUAUGUAUUUCUCUACCAUGAAAAGUAUAAGGUGGUUGAACUCUUUUUCUAUCUCACAAUGGGAUUCUCUCCAGCCUUGGUGGUGACGUCAAUGAACAACACUGAUGGACUUCAGGAACUUGCCUGUGGGGGCUUAAUUUAUUGCCUGGGAGUUGUGUUCUUCAAGAGUGAUGGCAUCAUUCCAUUUGCCCACGCCAUCUGGCACCUGUUUGUGGCCACGGCAGCUGCAGUGCAUUACUACGCCAUUUGGAAAUACCUUUACCGAAGUCCUACAGACUUUAUGCGGCAUUUAUGACCAAUCUGUACUAAGUCUCCAAACCAGUAUUAUUUCAAUUAUGGCACUUGGGAGUGGGGUGAGAGCUGAACAUUGCACAGGGAAAGAAAAAAAAUAAGAUAACUGCACUGACUUUCUUUAUAUAUUUUGAAUAUAAUUACUGUGAAAGUAUAAAGGCUGUGUUCUGGAAUUUUCCCCCUCACAGCAAAUAAAUAAGGUAGUGAAUUAAUUAUUCAUUCCAUUCCACUAUCAUGAAGGACUCUGAAUAGACUUGGCCAACUGAUGUUUACAAACCAGAAUUUUGUAUUUUAAUUUUACAGAUUUUACUACAUGAUUUUUCUAAAUUACUAUGUCAGGUUGUAAAAGUCAGUGCAAUAACAAAGCUUCCUUUUUAAGAAGAAAAUUGUUUCUAUCACUUUCCCAUUCACUAGGUAAAGAAUCAUGGACAGAACUUACACUACUUUUUACUAUGUUUCAUCUUGGCAUAACAUGGUUCUUUUUUAAAUAGAAACUUUAGUUUUUUGUAAAUUUUUUAAAAAAUAUUUCAUUGAUACGCAUCUCUGCGGGUCCUCAUUCAUGUUGUGAAUUUUUGCAGCAAGCAGUUAACAUUCCACAAACGAACAAACAUUAUACCUCUUCUGAUAGUUUUAUUAAGCAUGGAGAAAUUGCCAAUUUUUAAAAACUGAAGUUUUCCAAACUUUUCUGCCAACCUCUUACUCUGAAUUCAGUGCUGCUUUGGGACACAUACUUGACCUAGCUUGGUUUACCAGUGAUGGAAAAGUAUUUUGAUAUCAUUAACUUUUUCAAAAGAUCCAACUUUUUCUCUAUGCCUUUGCCACAUUCUCUUCAGGGUCUCUUUCCACAGUGGAUGAGUAUUUGAUCUGUAUUAUGACAAUAUUGUUGGGAUGGCCAUCUGCUGGAAACUCCUGAAGAGCUUUAUGUAUUACAGUGAACAGUUGUAUUGCCUGUUUGGUGCCCAGUGGUUAAGUCAUUGUCACUUAGCUUGAUAUUGUCAGUUUGAUAUUUAUUUUAAAUUGUGGAACUAGAUGCAUACGUUCACAUUUCUGCCUUUCCUUUGCAUCUUCCAAUAUAUAUUGUGUGUGUGUGUGGUUUUUUUUUCCUAGAAAAAUAUUUAAAGCAUUGUUUGACAGGUAGAAAACUCAUGUAUCUGGUAGUCCAUGAGUUAUAUCCUGGCUCAGUGGAGUGAUAUUUAUGUAUUAUUUUUACUUUUCUCUCAGUGUCUUAUAUUAAGAUUAAUAUGUUGUUAAUAGUUGCUUUGUCGGUUAAUCCCUCUUGUUGGUGUUUUAAUACAUGAAAUAGGCUUGCCUUUAGAUCGGGUGCUGGUAUUACCUGUUUUCUAGUAAUCGGCUGAGCAAAUGGUCAGCGGAAUUCUUGGUUUGAUGAUAAGCUUAUUAAUUGAAAUUUUUUACUGAUGGGGCUUUAAAAGAGGUUUAUUUUGUGUAUGUUUAGAACUCUGAUUUUGAUGAAUUAUAUGGGAACGAGAAACAGAAGAAGUGGUAUUUGCUGGUGAGUUAAAUAGGCAAGGUACCCAGUGAUAACACCAACCAGACCACUCCUAUCUGCAUGAUUCUGAACAUCUGGUUGCCUGUUGUUUUACUGUGUAUAUUUUAUUUUUAAUAUAUUAACUUUGUGGAUUCAUCUAAGGUCUGCUCAAAAGUAACACUGUCAAAACCACUAAUAUGUAUGUAAAAAUUGUGCUGUAUACUACAAUAAAGUUGUUACUUGGAUUUGUUCCA